CUCCAGCCAUGCUUGCACUAAUCCAAUGCUUCUAAAUGCAUAACGGGGCGUGAACAAGUGCACACUCCUGGAGACGGUGGGAGCUCAAUGGAAAUCUAGAGUUUGUAUAAAGUGAGGUAUAGAUAGCUAUAUGCACCUUAUACUAUACAGACAACUGGGACCAGGUGAUUCUCAGGAGCAUCAGUAAAAAUGAUACGAAAUCUUCUUGAUAUCAGCGCAGCGAUUACUCACCCCGUACUGGAGGAAUUCUUCUUCAACGAGUCGGACGGGAAGUAUUUACUCCAGACACUUGACCAGGCCCUCAUCCCCGUCUUUCGUAGGCGGAAAAGACGGCGGCAUGGUGAACGACGGUCCGGGUGCCUUGUAAGGAUCCGUCGCCGAGAGGAGCGUGAACACUGGUUACUUGCUUUAGUAAUCGCUGGGGGAAUGGUUCUCUGCUGGCUUGUCUUCUCACGCUGCACAUCGGUCUCUCUCAAUGAGGUUCUCAGUGAGUAUGUGGAGGGGUUAACAUGGCGCCAGGUGAAUCACCAGGUUGUGCUGAAUCACAGAUUACAGAGCAAUCAAGCCAAGCUUAUGGAACCAGUGAGGACUGACGUGCUGACUGUAACCCCAUGGCUGGCUCCUAUAGUCUGGGAGGGGACCUUCGACCCCCUGGUCAUAGACGAGGCCUUCAGGUCCCACAACCUCACCAUUGCUACCACUGUGUUUGCUGUAGGGAAAUACACUCGUUUUCUCCGUGACUUCUUAGAGUCAGCUGAGAAGCACUUCAUGGUGGGGCUGGAUGUGCACUACUACGUGUUCACCGACCUGCCCGGCGAUGUGCCUAGCAACGUGACUCUUGGUGUCGGCAGGCUGCUCAGCAUCGUGAGCGUGCCGAAGUUCGACCGCUGGCAGGAGAUAUCCCUCCGCCGCAUGGAGUUCAUCCAGACUGCCAUUGAGGAUCACAUCCACCGGGAGGCGCACUACAUCUUCUGCCUGGAUGUAGACAUGAGGUUCCAUGGCCGUGUGGGAUCCGAGGUGCUGGGGAGACUGGUGGCCGCCAUCCACCCCUGGUUCUACAUGUACCCCCGGAGCCAGUACCCCUACGAGCGGCGGGCUGUGUCCACGGCCUCUGUACCUCAGGACCAGGGAGACUUCUACUACCAGGCCAACAUAUUCGGAGGAGUGCUGGAGGAUGUUCAUAGGCUGACCAAGACGUGCAGGGAGAACCUGGAGGUGGAUAAGUCUGUGGGUGUGGAGGCUGUGUGGCAGGAGGAGAGUCACCUGAACUGGUACCUGGUGAAGAAUAAGCCCACCAAGCUGCUGUCACCUGAAUAUGUGUGGGACGACGCUAGAGGACGGGACACCAAGGAGAUAAAACUCAUCCGCUUCUCCUCUGUCAUCAAGAACAAGGCAGACGUCAGGGAGAACCCAUGAGAUGCAGCCCAUGCAAAACCCAGAUAUCUUUAGCUUAAACGGACAGAUUUCGAUAGCUUAAACAGACAGAUUUCGAUAGCUUAAACAGACAGAUUUCGAUAGCUUAAACGGACAGACUUUGAUCGGGAAUGUUUUAAUAUGCUAAUUAGACUUCCGCCCGAGGUGAUGACAUUGACGCUAGAGUUUUACAGACUCAAGAGCUAACUAUAUUUAAGCUCUUGAGUCUUCCUCAUCUCUGAGAACUGCCACAACAAAAGAAUGAUGUUCAAGACAACUGAGCGUGUUGUUGGUGCCCACCCUAACAGCGACAUGUUAGCAUCCUCUGAUCUGUGAACAGUUUUUACAAUUAUUAUGAUGUGAAGCCCUUUAAUACUUGUAUUGACAAGCGCUAUACAAAUAAAGUUUAUUAUUAUUAUUA